AUGGCAGACAUGGACAUCACUGACAAGAAGGAUGACUGGAAAGGCGCGGUGAUUUGGAAGAUGCCAGAAUGGAUUGAGCCUGUCGCCAUUGUGUCCAUUCUCCUCUUUGCCAUGUUCAUAACGCGCAGGAAGAGCUAUUCGAUAAUGGACCGCGCGAGAUCCCCCAACUACAGGCCAUUGAUUGCCACCGAAGACUCGCCCAGGGUGUCAGACGACUCAGACCUUCCCCAGGUCACCAACACCCGGUACCCGCCAAAGCGACGCCGCAUUCUGGGAAUAUGGACUGUCCAGACGCCAAAUUCGACCCGGUUUGCCGGCCAUAUCCACUCGCGCAUCCUGCAAAAGUUCCCCUUCCUCGUCGAGAUGUUUUACUGGGCCAUCACAUACUUUUUCUACCGGAUGACAGCCUAUCUAUCUGCACUGUGGUACGGAGGGAAGGAUGGGCUGUGGGAGGUUGCACAGGAUCACGGCAUUGCUUUGUUAGAGAUGGAAGCCUGGGCUCUAGGGUCGGGCGCCACGAACGGCACGCAACGAUGGCUGGAGUGGAGGGUUCAACAAUGGUUCAUCAUUGGUGCGGAGGCUGGCGAUUGGCGACGCGUAUUCUUGACGGUGCUGAACCGGGUGUAUGCUCUGAUCCACAUCCCCGGGACGGUCGGAUUCAUCGCCUACUACUACACCGUGGCGCCAAACCACCCUCGCUUCUGCACGGUUCGACGGACCAUGUCGCUGCUGAACCUCUUCGCCUUCUUCAUUUUCACCGUAUACCCCUGCAUGCCGCCAAGACUGCUUCCGAAAGAAUUUGGAUUCAUCGAUACCGUCAACGCCGAAGACGCUGCCAGCGUUUGGAUGAGUGGGAACUACGUCAACAAAUUGGCCGCCAUGCCGAGCAUGCACUUUGGCUAUUCCUUCUGUAUUGGAUGCGUGUUUGUUUACGAGAGCGGUUUUCUGCGACAAUGGUGCCGCCUCACCAGGAAACGGGUGGAGUUCGACAGCGCUGCCGAAUUGGUCUCUCCAAGUUACCCCCCAUCCAGAUCCGAAAGAGACGGCCAGCGCUCCGCCUCCGCCAGGGGCAUGUACCUGUUCACCGGCAUUCUCUACCCGUCCAUCAUCCUGCUCACCAUCGUGGCCACGGCGAACCACUACUUUCUGGACGCGGUGGCGGCCAUCUUCGUGGUGCUCGUGGCGUUCAUCUGCAACAAGAUGCUACUGAACUUCUUGGUGCUGGAGGACUGGCUCUUGUGGGCGUGGCGCCUCGAGAAACCCGAGCCGACGACGGGUCUACGGGAAAAGAUAAAAUAG